AUGCAGCACUACAAAGGCCCCGAAUUUCCCGAGCUGGCGAGGACACUGUCGCGCUCGCGCAGCACUAGCAUGUCCAGCGACUCCCAGCUAUCACGCAUCCACCUUCUCUCUCCACCACCAGUGAACCCUCCGCCCUCUUUCAUCGCAUCAUCUGCAGCGUCUCAAAUCAUCACCGCCGACCAGGAGUUUAACACUGCGGACUUUGUGACUAGCGAAGAAGAGAAUGGUGCGAAUGCGAGCGCUCUUGUCACCCCAGAGGCUCUUUCGGCUUUGAACGGGUUUCUCGACCACCUUCUCUACAACAUUCUGGCAACCGCCAAGUCGACCCAGUUGGCAUGCAUUCGACCGGCGAUAGCCGACGUCCUCAAACCUCGACUCGCGAAAGAAGUAGUCUCUGCUGCGGAUGAUGAACUGCGUGAGUACAUGGGCGGCGAAGAAGACGAACAAUCUGAAUUUCGCGGUGGGCAGACUUCGGGCAAUGAUUUUGACCUGGUCCGUUCCUGGAAGUUGACUCGGCUUCGAUGCAUGGUGUACACGAGGUUGGGUGACAUGGAGGAAGACGAUGAAGACGAGUACAUCGCGCAAGACCGGCUUAUCGAGUCUGACGAUGGGAUUCCGCCGAGAUUCGACAGCCACGUGGGCAACAUCACUCCGGCAGCCGCGAUCUUUCUCACGUCGAUCAUCGAGCACAUUGGAGAACAGGCCCUCAUCAUUGCAGGCGAAACUGCGCGGUCCCGGUUAUCUUUGAAACUUAGCGACAAUCAUGACGAAGUGACCGAAUCUGGCGCUGAGCGAGGCAGUAUGGAUAGGCUAGUCGUGGAGGAACUCGACAUGGAAAAACUAGCUUUGAAUCCGACCCUAGGAAGACUGUGGCGAACCUGGCGAAGACGUGUUCGUACACGUAGCUUAUCUCGCACGGUUUCGAGGGAGUCCUUCCAGCGUCGCAGAUUGACUGCUCCCUCUGCGGGCAGCAGAAAAAGCAGCAUCGUUACUGUCGAUGAACGCCCACCCAGUCUGCCCGUGUCACCGGAUGUUGAGCACAGCAAGGAGCUUGAUCCAGCAUCUGUCGCUCUGCCAAUGAGCGACCACGAUGUCGAGGAGAUUGAGAUCCCGGGAUAUGUGGCUGACUUGGAUGGCAGUGAAGUGCUUGAGAUACACGAGGUUCGGACCAUGCAAGCUGUCCUAGCUCACAAAGUGCGACCUCAUAGCCUUAUGGUACUCACCCUGGCACCUCCAAAGUCUCCUUCCACAGGGAACUCGCCGGUUACUCCUCUCAGCGCACAGGGUGCCAGAGUUGUUCGUCACGCUCGAUCGCGGUCACUACCCAACAGUUCGUACCCCGAAGAUGAUGGUCCAAAAGAUAUCCCGGCUUCGCAGGUAAAUUCCCCUGCCACAGCCGAAGAACAGAAGCGCUUAGAGACGAUGUAUGAGCACGAUGAGAAUGACGAACCAGCGGCACCAAACGGAUCAGUCUCACAAAAAAUUACGGUGGCACCACAAGUCAAGCAGUUUGAAACAGACUAUUCAUCCGGUGAACAGAACUGCUCUGCUGUUGUGCAGGAUGCGGCUACGGCAUCCUCACCGUCGGCGGCAUCAGUUGACGCCGCCCCAAGUCAAACCAGUAUCACUGACACAUCCACGGCAUCAUUGAGCGAUGAGCAAGAGUUAGUUUCCGAGGUUAUCGAAGGACAUGGAUUAUGCGAAAAGCCAAAGCUGGCAGCAUUGCAGCGACCUAAACGGGUUACCAAUAAGGAUGCUUCUGAGGAUACCCCUGCAUCGCCAGCGGAAGAAAAAGCGCCGCGGGCUGUGACUGUCGUUGACCAUGAACCGCAGUCGCAAGGGGGAAGCGCCAAGCUAUCCCGCCCCGCCGGCAGCCCUGACUCCUCCAAGACCGCUGAUGAGGACUUAUCAGCCGUGCAAGCCCCUCCUGCCAGGGCGUCUGAUUCUACCGCGGACGGCAAACCCUCAAGAAUCGCACCGGUGACAGCCGAAUCCUCUAGAAAAGAGGUCACCGAACCGGUUUCCACAGCCGGAGAGGCCAUUCUUCCUGAACGUGCGCGGACUCGGCCCUUGCCCAUUCCCUUGACCUUGAACACCGCAGGCCAGCAGUCUGUCGGGGCAACGAGUCCGGGAUUAGCUACCCCUGGCAGUUCUGGGACCGAGCGUGCAGCCGUUCAACGGGUAUCACGCCCCUCAACCUCGGUAGCCUCGUCUACUUACACAAAAUCACGCCGGUCCGACAGUUUCGGCAGCCAUCGGGAGAAGCGUCCCGUCACUGCCGGAUCGACUACGUCGCAGGUUUCGAGCAAGCUCAAGGGCCUUAUUAGUCGCCAAACCGACUCCGCUACGUUCCUCGUUCGCAGCUCCUCAGAAACCAGUAGAGCAUCCGCUGUCACCCAUGACUCAGCAUAUGAUGAUAAAUCGGGAUUGGAUGAAUUGAUCCAGAGCGAGGAGACGAUCCAUUAUACCCUGACACCCAAGAACAUGAGGGAUAUAGAGAACUUGGACUCCCCCAGAUGGCAGCCUCAGCGAUCACCAACCGCGGAUUUGGCCGAUUUUCUUAAGAAUACUGGCCCUCCUGGAAGCGAAACACCUAGGCCAAGGACAUCCAAAUCAUCCUCUAGGGAAGCGACCGACUUUCCAAGGGUAUCGAAGUCUAUGUCGUCCGAGAGGGCGAAACAUAUACCCAUUCAGAUACCUAGCAUAGCUCCCGAGCAGAGAGACAGGAAGUCCCCCCGCAGCGGCGCUCCACGUCUGGAAGCCCGUUCAGCUGUGGCACCACGAGGGCACGAGACAGCCGAGUUAAUUGAAUUUCUUCGGGAGGGACCGUCGAAUAUCGGAGCUCACCAAGUCCCACGCACAGUUGCCUCGUCCAUGGACAUGGACGAAUUGAGACAAGGCGCUCCUUCUGUUGCUAGCACACAAGGAGGCUCAAUGGCUACUCGGUCUCUUACUUCCGUCGGUUCUCGUACAGCCCUUCUCGAAUCCGCCAACCGUUCAACUGCACAAGGGGGCUCAGUCAAUGCGGCCAAUCUGGCCAGCAGUAGGGACUCUACCGAUCCUCAACCUGCACGGAAGCAACGUCGGGUGCGGGAUCCUUACGCCAUUGAUGACUCGGACGACGACGAAUAUCUUGAAGAGCUUCUAGAACCCUCGAAGCCUAAACGGGAGGAAGAAAGCCUGAUGGAUUUCCUGCGUAAUGUUCCUCCGCCAGAGGCUGAACCCCAGCCUCGGGCCUUGAAUAUGCCUACAUCGAAAAGUACUUCCACAGGACUUGGAAGUGCCUCAGCCAUGAAGGCACGGCUUCUCCGAAAUACUUCCUUUGACAAAUCCCUUUCCGGGAAAUCCUCGAAAUCAUCGCUGCGUCAACAACAGGAAGGUUACUUGACGGGACAGUCGAAUUAUACUGUCAAGGUUGGCAUGGAGCGCAACGGAGGAGCAAGUCAUGGUGGGUACGGGUUGUCCACCGUGCCUGAGAAGCAGACCGAAACAAGUGCAUUAGCCAGCUUUCUCAGAAGCACCGGUCCGCCGGAGCCUCCUGCUGGUCGGCGACCCUCCUUGUCUGGCAGCAGAGGCAAAGAUCCGAGUAGCUUCUCCCGUCUCUUUGUUCGUCGCAAGAAAGUGGAGGUUUGA